GCCAAAAUUGGAAGUUGUCUGCUCACUGCUCAGAAAGUUUACUUAUCGGUGAAUUGUUACGAUUGGUAUGCGGUUUAUUUAAAACCUCUUUUUACAGUUUUGUGCCGGGAAAUCUUUGACUCAGUUUUUUUUUGAAUAUGUCAACUGUUGAAAAAUGUAUUCAAAAUACAGACUCAGCAGGCAUUCUGUGGUACCUUGGUCUACUAGUUUUUUGUUGGAUUUCAUUUAAACUGCUUAGGUCAUUAUGGCGAGGACUAUAUACAUGCAUUUUAGCCGAUUUGCUUGGAGCUACUGUAGAUUGGAAGAAACUUGGGAAAUGGGCCAUUGUAACAGGUUCUACUGAUGGUAUAGGUAAAGCAUAUGCAAAAGCACUAGCAAAAAAAGGUUUUAAUAUAGUUUUAAUUAGCCGCACAUUUGAAAAGUUGGAGACUGUAGCUCAAGAAAUAGAGAAAUCAUAUUCUGUGAAAACUAAAGUUGUUGCUGUUGAUUUUACAAAAGAUGUGGAUAUUUACGAUAUUAUUAGACGAGAAAUUGAAGAUUUGGACAUUGGUGUUUUAGUUAACAACAUUGGGAUGAGUUAUAAAUAUGCUGAGUAUUUGACAAAGAUUGUGGAUGGAGUGCAGUUUAGUGAUGAUUGCGUAAAAGCUAAUAUCACAUCAUGUACUAGAAUGACUAUGCUUGUAUUGCCAGUUAUGGAGAAACUUGGCAAGGGUGUUAUCUUAAAUGUUUCAUCCUUAAGUGCUUUAUCACCUAUGCCACUUUUAAGUUUAUAUAGUGCCACUAAGGUAUAUGUUAAGUUUUUGACUGAAGCUGUGCAUGACGAAUAUAAAUCCAAAGGAAUUAUAAUUCAGGCUGUACUACCUGGUUUUGUUUCAACCAAUAUGUCUAAAAUGCGACCAAGUUUCACAACUUGCACACCUGAAGCUUUUGUUAAAUGGGCUAUGAAGUCAGUUGGAGUGGAAAUGAGGACGUAUGGCUAUCCUGUCCAUAAACUUCAGGGAUAUAUUCAAGAAGCUCUGAUCCAGUAUUUACCCGAGAGCCUUAAUCUUUCAAUUGGACACAGCAUGAUGCAGGGAAUAAGAAAGAAAUAUUACAAAAAGUUUGGCUUAACUGAUAAAGAAAAAUAAUAAUGUUCAACUUCUUUUUCGUAUAUGUUAUUUCAUCACUCUUUUUUUUUAUUUGUUAAAUCUUAUAACACAAUGCUGGUACAUUCCGAACAAAGUUCUUUUUCUGGUAUACUGUCAUUGAAACUUAGGAAAUAAAGGUUUUGUAAGAAA